AAUUUCAUACAAACAAUCUUUCCCCCUCCUUUUUACCCAUUUCUCUCUCUAAACCACCAUCUUCGUUUUCAUCUCUCUCUCUAGAUUUUUUCAAUAAUUUAUGAAAACCUAAUUCUCUGUAAUUUGAUCAACUCUCAUCAAAUUAGGGAUAUGGGAAGGUACAUGAGGAAGGCGAAAUUGACCGUCGAUGUUGUAGCAGUUAUGGAUGUUUCACAGUCCUCCCUCGGCGUUCGAACGCGAGCGAAAACCCUAGCGUUACAGAAACUCGAAGCUUCGAAAACCGCCACCACACCGCCACCGCCGGAGCAAAACUCUGAGUUGUCGUAUCUCCAGCUGCGAAGCCGUAGGCUGGAAAAGCCACCACUGCAACAAUCGACAUGUUAUAGGCAACAAAACCCUAACCCUCGCGUGGGUGGUUUGAGAUUGGCAAUCCGUUCGGGUGGUUCGGUUUCAGUCGGGUCCGGUUCAAGUAAUGAACGUGUUAGGGUUUUGGAUGAGUCCCAAUUUGAAGCAGAUGAAGACACAGAGGCUAAUUGUGAUUUGGGUUCUGAAGAAACUUCUUUUGGAGAAAAUAAUAUUGAUUUUGAUGGCAGAAAGAGGAGCACCAGAGAGAGCACACCUUGUAGCUAUAUAAGGGACUUGAAUGCGAGUAGCACCCCAGGUUCUAGUACAAGACCUAAAACAUCGAAUUGGGUAAUCCAAAGGAGUAUGCCUGCGGCACAGGAGAUCGAGGGGUUCUUUGCUCGUCAUGCACAGGAGCAGCAACGACGCUUUUCUGAGAAGUACAACUUUGAUAUCGUGAAUGAAAAGCCGCUUGAAGGGCGUUAUGAAUGGGUGAGAGUGCAACCAUAGAGGGAGUUGAAUAGUUUGAAGAUAAGAAAGUAGUGGAAUGUAAAGAGCAAAGAAACGAGUUGUGUAAUCUAAUGAUCUCUUCAUAGGUGCACACUUAACAUAUUUAGGGUUAGAAUGGAGAAGGGAAAAUAUGUGCUUUAGCUUUCUCUUUAGAUUUGCAAGUUAUAAAUAAUUGCCAUGCCAUGCCAUGUUCAUUUAUGUUUAAUUGUUAUAAGGAAUGGUUUGCAUGUUA